AUGAAUGCGAGAUCAAGCAAAGGAGGGUUGAUUACGAUGUUGAUUCUAGUCGUUUAUUGCUUCUUCAAGAAUAUGGGUGAGCCUAAGUUUCCUCAAUUUGAUAAUUUAUCUUUGUUUAUCAUAGCCGAGAUCUCGAUCGAGGUUUCGCCUUAUAAACAACAUGUUGGAAGUAAUUUUCCUGGAGCUUUCUUUGCCCUCCACAACAAAGAUAAGAUGCUGAAAUCGCUCACAUCUUAUAAUGAGUAUCACAAAAGAUUCAAUCUAGCCACAGUGGAAAUUUGGCAAACAAUAAGAAGCAGGUGUAGAGAUGGUUUCAUCAAUUUGAGCAUCAAAUCAAUGCAUUUUUUCGUUUCAAAGCUUAUGCAGUUCAGAUAUUCAAUAUCAGUCCCAACUCCAAUCAAUCGCUCGUGGACUUCUCGAAUUGUUUUCUGGGUAACAUUAACUCGAUCAGUCUCGUCUAUGGCCAACGACACAGCUCUAUGA